GGCACCCCUCUCCCUCCCCGGCGGGCUCCGCGGAGCAUUGUACUCACAUCCGGGGCUGGGUUUUGCUUUAAUGCGAAACGUAAUUAACCCGGAAAAAAGAGCAGAGGGACGGGAGCGAAGGAGGGGGUACAGGGGGAGACAAGAGCCAGGGGAGCCAGAGGCGCGGAGAGUUUGGCAGCGAGACCCCGAAAUCCCCCGAGCGCGGCGGACCCGGCGGCCGUAGGGGCGACCCCACCCGAUGUAACGCGCCUUGCCCGAGCCCCGGCCCCUGCACGGCGGGCGGCGAAACUUCUCUGCGGGUUCUGGAGCUGGGGCACCGGCCACGCAACGACUGCCCGGGCUGCGGGAGGGGAGGAGAGCAGAGAACGUCCCCAGGGUGAUGUGAGUAGAGCCCAGGAAUGCCUUAUGUGGAUCGGCAGAACCGAAUCUGUGGGUUUCUGGACAUCGAGGAGCAUGAGAACAGCGGCAAGUUUCUGCGGAGGUACUUCAUUCUGGACACCCAGGCCAACUGCCUCCUCUGGUACAUGGACAACCCCCAGAAUCUGGCAGUCGGGGCAGGAGCUGUUGGAGCUUUGCAGCUGACCUACAUCUCGAAGGUAACAUUGACCUGGAACUCUGGGAAUUCAUGCUCUGUGAGCAUAGCUACCCCAAAGCAGAAACCCAAAACUCCAUUUUGCUUUGUUAUCAAUGCCCUGUCUCAGAGAUAUUUCCUUCAAGCCAAUGACCAGAAAGAUCUGAAGGACUGGGUUGAAGCCUUAAACCAAGCCAGCAAGAUCACCGUACCCAAAGGUGGGGGCCUGCCUGUGACCACGGAAGUUUUCAAGAGCUUAGCAGCUCCUCCAGCCCUGGAGAAGAAGCCACAGGUGGCCUAUAAGACAGAGAUCAUCGGAGGGGUGGUGGUCCACACACCCAUCAGCCAGAACGGUGGGGAGGGACAGGAAGGGAGUGAGCCUGGGUCCCACGCCAUCCUUCGAAGGUCUCAGAGUUACAUCCCCACAUCAGGCUGCCGUGCUUCCACCGGGCCUCCCCUCAUUAAGAGUGGUUACUGUGUGAAGCAAGGGAACGUGCGGAAGAGCUGGAAACGUCGCUUCUUUGCACUUGAUGACUUUACCAUCUGCUACUUCAAGUGUGAACAGGACCGAGAACCACUGCGUACUAUAUUUCUUAAGGACGUUCUCAAGACCCAUGAAUGUCUGGUCAAGUCUGGUGAUCUCUUAAUGAGGGACAACCUGUUUGAAAUAAUAACAAACUCCAGGACCUUCUACGUGCAGGCGGACAGUCCAGAAGACAUGCACAGCUGGAUUAAGGAGAUCGGGGCAGCUGUCCAGGCCCUCAAGUGCCACCCCAGAGAAGUGUCCUUUUCUAGAUCCAUUUCUUUGACCCGACCUGGAAGCUCCAGCCUUUCAAGUGGCCCCAACUCUAUCCUGUGCAGGGGGCGGCCACCUGUGGAGGAGAAGAAAGUCCUCUGCAAAGCCCCCUCUGUGGCCUCCUCCUGGCAGCCCUGGACACCUGUCCCCCAGGCUGGGGAGAAGCUACUUCCAGCCGAAGAGACUUCAGAGGACUCUUUGUUCAUGCCUCGUCCUGGGGAGAGCAGUGCUGCUGGGGUGCUGCCCAGCUCCCGGCUAAGGCACAGAUCGGAGCCCCAGCACCCCAAGGAAAAGCCAUUUCUGUUCAACCUUGAUGAUGAAAACAUACGGACCUCUGAUGUGUGAUGGAGCACAGUGCUGUGGGAGGGAGGGAGGACUUGAGAGAAGGAGGCUGUGACUCAGUUUCUCCACCUUGUUGGAGGGUAGUCAGAGGCCUUGAUGUCAUUCAUAUUCCUGUGGAUGCUCUUUGGGAGGGAGAGGCCCAUCCAGCUGGGGGUGUGUGUGUGUGUGUGUGUGUGUUUGUGUGUGUGUGUGCGUGUGUGUGUGUAAUAUCAAUGCAGUGUAUUUAAUUUGAGGAAGUCAUUAUGUUAGACCUGUAGGCAUACUCAGUGAAGAGCAGGCUACUUAUUCUAACUAUUCUGAAGUCUUCCUGGGGAGGGGUUAUUUUAGCAGCUCCUCUCCAGAGAAGGCUGGAAGUCCAGUUUCACCACUGACCAAAUUUUAUUUCCUUGUCCUUAUUUUAGUUUCUUCAUUUUGUUUCCAGUCCAGGUGCUUCGCAGCUCUUUUGGAAUGGGCCAGCAUUAGACUAACUUUAAACGCUGUGUGUUUUGUACUCUCGCAGACUUGCUUUCUCUUUCUUCUUGCUGUUGCCCUUGGAAUGAAGCCUUGUGUUCUUGCAUGAUCAGACCCUGUAAUAGGCUGAGUUUCCACUCACUUAACAUGAAUAGAUACAAAGAGAAUCUAGAGAGAGAUAUUUUUAAAGACACUUGGCAUAGAAACAUUGAUUUAAAGGUUAUGAGUUGCCUGCCAGAGAGUCUUCCAAUAGAAGAGCAUAGAAAAUUGUGUGUUGACUGGGCAUAGUGGCUCACUCCUGUAAUACCAGCACUUUGGGAGGUUGAAUUACCUGAGGUCAGGAGUUCGAGACCAGCCUGGCCAACAUGGUGAAACCCUGUCUCUACUAAAGAAA